UUGCAUGACGCCUUGAAGUGCUUGCAAUCUUGACUGACCCCUGCAUGCGCGUCCAUCAGAACUCGACGCUUGCCUCUGCCGAACUCAUGGAUAUGCAACCCGAACUUCAAUGGUUCAUGCGACCUUAUCUCAUUGACUUUCUCGUUGAAGUUCAUCAACAGUUCCGUCUUCGUCCCGAAGUCCUCUACCUCUCCAUGAACAUUGUCGACCGCUACGUCUCGAAACGCGUCGUUUACAAGAAGCACUACCAACUCGUUGGCUGUGCUGCCUUGUGGAUUGCAGCCAAGUUUGAGGAUGGCAAAGACAAGGUCCCCCUCGUUCGCGAAUUGGCAGACAUGUGCUGCAAGGCAUACGACGAAUCAGCUUUCAUCCAGAUGGAAGGUCACGUCUUGUCGACCAUUGGAUGGACUAUCGGUCACCCCACAGCUGAGGCUUGGUUGAGGAUCAACACGUCUGGACGCAAAGCCGAGGAUGCCAAGGUUCAGAACGUUGCUCGAUUCCUAAUGGAGAUCACCUUGUUCCACCGAGAAUUUGUCGGUAUCCAGUCCAACCUCCUGGCACAGGGUGCUUUGAUGUUGGCGAGAUUUAUCUGCGGAAAGCCUCGCAAGCCCGUGUCGCGUUUCGAGAAUGUUGCUGUUCGUAUCGCUCAGGCUAUCGACAAGCACUUCACCGACAAGCUUGAGAGUGUGUCGGAAAUUGUCAUUCGCAAGUACGCUCCGACCUACUACGGUCGAGCUUCGACUCUUGUUCGCGAAUGGUACCUUUCUGGUCGUCGGUACCACUACAACCCAGAAGCACCAGCCACUCCAGUCUCUGCUGGUCUCCCAACGCCUGGCCUCGCUCCUUCCAGCUCUUGGUCCAGCAAACGUGGAUCAUGGAUCUCUGCCUCCCCUUCCACCGGCUCCAUGUCGUGCGCCUCCUCAGAUGCCGGCGACGAGUCUCCUCUCACUCCCAUCACUCCCAUUCACAUGCACGUCGAUCCAUUCUCUCUCGCCAGCAAGGAAAACAUUGCACCUGGCAUGUCGUCCACUGGAUCAUCCUCCUCCGUCUCCUCAUUUGUUGGUAUUCAAGCCAAGGAUGCAGUUGCCAUGGCAGCUGCCAAGGCUAGCCUGACACACUCUAUGGCUCCUUCAACGGCUUUACCUGGAAUUCCGCCUUACCCUGCCAAUCAUCGUCCCGUCUUACAUGCUCUACCACCGGUUGGUGAUCUCGCGAUUCCCAAUCGAUCCAUGAGACGUUUAUCAAACUAGACAGGACGAUGGUAGGGUUUUCUCAAGGCAUCAUACAUUUCCAACAAGACACGACCAACAUGACGAUCCACCACGACGAUGACGACGACGAGUCGCGAGCGCGCGAUAUACAGUAUACAUUCCCCGCACGAUGGACA